AUGUACCGCGUUGUUUGUCCCGCGUUCUUCAUUGCUUACAGUAACUGCCACGGCGUUACGCUUUCUGAGAGCGCAAAAAAGCUGGGCGGUAAGGCUAUUGCCAAGUUGUGCGCUUACAAGCCAUAUGAUGCCAAUGAUUGGAACCGCGUUGCCGGCGACACUGCCGAUAUUCAAUUAUUUUACCAGGAAAACCUGGAUGAACGCAACCGCGAGUUUGCCGGUUUAAGCGCUGCCACCAUAGAAGAACAAACGGCUAUAAGGAUGCCAGCCAACUUAAUUCGGUCCUACCGAGACCAACAAUACAAGCAAGACCUGUGGGAAGCAAUUUUUAACAUUGACAAAAUUUGCCCAAAACGGUUGCGCUACUUGCAGGUGGAACCAGUCGGUACAACAAAGCAUACCCAGUUCGCCAACGUCAUGGAGACAGAUAGUGUUAUGACGAGCGUGAAGUUCGUUAAACGGUGGGACCGGAAGCCGACUGGCUUGAACCCUGCUGCGCGUGUCAUCGGUAUUGAUCCCGGCCAGCGCUCAUUCAUAACAAGCUGUGACACGGACACCAACCUGCAUUUGGAGGAAGAACGAAGUAACCAUGUUUACAGAUUACCAAUCGUGUAUACCAGCAGAGCAGUAUGUUCCGUUGGACAACCCAGAUGGAAUUGA